AUGGCGCUGUUGACACCUUCUAUGAUGACACUUUUCCCGAUUCGAGGCCAUAACCAUCGUUGCGAUGCUGUUAUAACGCAUCGCCCUCUCAUGCAAUCGCUUGCCUGCGACUUGCUCAGCACCCCCGUUUGUUCCACCGAUUCAUCCACGACCAUGCAGCUAUUGACAUCCUUGCUGCUGCUCCUCAUCCUCCUCGCGCUACGAGUACAGGCUCAAUCAGGACCUUCCAAUUGGACAGCCUCUCCAUUCAAUCCUCCCGCUCUUCCGCUCGCUGUCCGUUCGCCUUACCUCAAUGUAUGGCUUGCACAGGGUAACAAUCCUCCUUCCCCGUUUGCUGUAAAUUCCAACCCCUGGGACAUGCGUACAAGCGCGGACUGGUAUGCAAGUGCCGUAGUAGACGACAAAGAAUAUAGACUUCUCGGACAGUAUUUCGAAGGGGAGAAUACCCCGAAUCAGACAUCAGUUGAAUUUACUGCAACAAGAACGUCAUUCCUCCUUUUUGCUGGAGGUGUCCAGUUCAACAUGUCGUUUCUGAGCCCCAUAGAACCUAAGAAUUUCACACUCCAAUCACUCCCUUUUGCGUACCUAUACAUGACUGCUCAGUCUACGGACGGCCAGUUACACCGGGUUCGCAUGUACGCUGACGUUGGUGGCUUCAUCAUCGCGGGUGAUGACAGUAAGGUUGUCGAAUGGUCGUCUGAAGAUACUUCCGAUUAUGUUGUCCUUAGCAUGCAACUCCAAAAUCCUGUCCCAUUUGUCGAAAACAAUAUUCACCCCCAGGAUGCUACAUUAAUUAACGCAUUCAAGAAGAUCGAAACUGGGACAACAUCGUGGGAAAUAGCCAACAUUGAUAAGACGCGAGGUCCAUUUGUCGGCAAUCCAUCGGGUGGACUUCUAGACAAUCAAGCAGACCCUCCUUCGACUUUUCGAGCUGUUCAAUCAGGAAGUAAUUCACCGGUUAUUGGGAUAUCGAUUGACUGGGGAAAUAUCACCUCAACGCCAGAGCCUGCUGUGUGGGCCGUCGGUGUCUACCGAAAUCCGACGAUACAGCAUCUAACGCCAGGAGGUUCCUUCGAGGAUAGGAGUCCGUAUUUUGCAUCAGAGAUCAGUGAUCCAAUUUCCGCCGCCAAGUUUGUGCUGGAUGACUUUCCGCGGGCAUUGUCUGCAGCACAAGCUCUUGACGCGCAGAUUCAGGCAGAUGGCGGAGCGUUUUCAACCGAAUAUGCAGAUCUUCUUGCGUUAAGCGCACGGCAGGCAAUGGGAUCUAUGGACAUCACAAUUCCUCCGUCAUCGGGUGGAUCAUGGGAUACAUCGGAUGUGCAGAUUUUCAUGAAAAACAUUGGGAGUGUCGGUUCUGAUAACGAGACUACAACGAGUGUGAAUAAUGUGGAUGUACUUUAUGCAGCGUUCCCCAUUUUCCUUUAUCUCAAUCCCGAAAUAGGGAGAUGCCUUCUCGAACCUCUCCUUGAGUACCAGGACUCCUCAGCCUACAAGUUACCAUAUGCGGCGCAAAACAUCGGCACGACGUAUCCGAGCGCAACUGCCAAUGGCAUCAAUGACCCACACAUUUAUGGAGUGGAUGAAACUGCAAACAUGAUUAUAAUGGCUUUGGCAUAUUCAAUGGCCUCGGGAAAUGGUACAUUGAUUGAAAGACAUUACAACCUAAUGCGAAAGUGGGCAAUAUACUUGAGUAGCAAUACAAUUACCCCUUUCAACCAAUCAUCCGGAGACUUUAGCAUAAACACCGAUUUCAUAAGUCCCAAUCAGACAAAUCUUGCAUUGAAGGGAAUUAUUGGGAUCGCGGCAAUGGCCAGAAUCGCUGAACUUGUUGGUAUAACGAGCGAUCAACAGAAUUUUAGUGCUACAGCAAAUUCCGCCUUGGAAUUCUGGCAAGACCAGGCACUCUCUGCAUCACACGUCAAUUUUUUCUAUGGCAAUUCCAGUUCAAGUGGAUUGAUGUACAACCUAUACGCUGAUAAGCUACUCCGCCUUAAUUUGGUUCCCGACUCAGUGUAUACGCUGUUAACCGGAUUCUAUCAGAACGAGGCAGCUUCUUUUAAGUAUGGGUUACCGCUGAGUAACUCACCACCUCAAAACACGACGUCGAACUGGAUGAUGUUUGCUGCGGCGACGGUAAAGCGUGAUGCAACACGAGACCUCCUAGUAAAGCAGAUACAUGACUACGCGUCAAACAAUCUUAACGAAGUGCCUUUUACAUCGAUAUAUGACCCUACCAAUGGUCUUGGAGGUCCGGGAACAAGUGCAGGCAUAGCUAGCCCCGCCCAGGGUGGCAUGUUUGCGUUGCUUGCUCUGAAUACGACAUCCAAGUCGGUUAGCGUACCAUUCAUCGAUCCACCUUCUAAUAGCUCGAGCAAACCAAACGCCGGUCUUAUCGCCGGAGUGGUCGUAGCAUGCAUAGCGGCUGUUGCUAUCUUGGUGCUUGUCCUUUAUUUCUUCUGGCGCAAGCGUCGCGCACGGCGGAACAAAGACCAAAUUGUGACAAGCAAAACUGAACCGUCUGGAUUCGCUCAGCCAUUCCUUCUAUCGUUGCCGACCUCCGAAGCAUACACUAACAGCGCGGUAACGAGUAACUCUGCGUCAAAGACUCAUAACGCGCCAAGCUCUACUCCCUCUGGGCCAGACAACUCUUCCCGCGGUAUACACUUGCAGUCGGAAGGAGUGAGUGGAGCGGACGAAAAACGCGAGCCGGCCAUAACAAAUGCGAUUGAAUCGCAAACGCAAAGCUUGGCUGUGCCUAAUUUGCAGGUCGGAGCAAACCGCUCGCAAGUCGCGGUACUGCGCUCAGAAUUUGAUUCCCUAAGACAGGAAUUGGAACAGAUCAGGCAGGAGCGUCGUGUGGCGGAGGAGGCACCGCCUACGUAUUCAGACCCAGACCUGUCGUGA